ACAACAUAAUUACGGCGUAAUUCUAGGUAUUGAUGACAGUGUCUUGCCUUUUUGAAAAGAAUGAGAAUGAUGAGGAUAUGAUAAAAAGAGAUACCAUUGAAGUCAGAGGAAAAAUAAUGGAAUGGUUAUGAGAGAUUGACUACUUAUUGACAAGAUGUCGCGAUUCAUCAUCCUCAAUGGGUAUCACUUUCAUCACUAACAAAGCAGCUCAAUUCGCACGUCACUCCUUCAUCACAAAACCAGCAAACAACAAUCUCAAAACACAAACGAUACAUCGCAUCCAUAUCCCAACUCUCCAGCCGUAUGAGGUUGACAUCCCUAACAAAAACACUCACGUUGAUAUCCGUGUGGCAUCGUCAUAUGCAGCGGGUAUUGAGGUCGGUGUGGGAUCGUUGACGGUGCUUUGA